AAGUCAGCCAGUUUUUUGUUAUAAUGCCUACAUUACCCUGGUAAACAUAAAAUCCCAUUCCCCAUACCAUUCUCCCCUUUCUCUCUUAACCGAAUGGGGAAGAAGUUCAGGACCUGCAAUUUCUCCCAUCAUCUUCUUCAUUGAAGCGCUGUGUAAUUGAAGCCCUAGAUUAGGUUCUCGUUUCUCAUUUGUUUUUUUUGAGUUCUCUCUGCGAUUUGGAGCCCUAGAUUUCAAAUCGUUGAGACUAGAGUUUUGGUACUAAAAUUCGAAGGGAAGAGAAGUUCUAACUUCUGAGCUUCAGAAAAUGGCGAUUAGGACUCUGAACAGAUUAUAUGGUGGUUUCCAUCUAUUCGAAUCGAGUUUGAAGCGUAUUUCGAUUUACACAUCUCAGAAAAUUCGUCCUUUCUCACGCACAACUCAUAACUCCAUCAAAAAAGGCACCGAAUUCCCAGAAGGAUCUCAGUACAGGCAACUGAUUUCACUUGCCAAUCUCUUGCAGAGAUAUGGUUUUCCAGCAUCGCAACUGCACGAAUUUCUUGGGAAAAAUCGGUUUCUACUGAGCUUCAGUUUAUCAGACGUGGAGAAGUCCCUGGGUAUUCUCCUUUCUUUUAGGUUAUCCCAAACUCACCUUGUAUCGGUUAUAUCUACCUGUCCUGCGGUUCUGGAACUAGGGUUUCUAAGGAAGUGGGAGAUUUGCUUUUCGGAAUUAGAGUUUUCGUCGAUUUCUCAGUUGGCGAUCCGAAACGUUCUUGAGCACUCGAUGAGGUUUCAGUUAGGAACAGUUGAUCUGCGCAGGAGUUUACAGGCUCUGAAGGCUGUGGGUUUCAGUGAUGAGACUAUGAUUAGGGUUUUAGAGGAACUCCCCAGAGUAAUUGUGAUGAAUGAAGGUGAGUUUAGGCGGAGGAUUGACUUCCUUGUGGAGAUUGGGAUUCGAAGGGAUGAACUUGAUAGAAUCUGCCGUUCAUUUCCAGGAAUUUUAGGAUUUUCUGUCGAGGGUAGGUUAAUCCCUCUAUUUAGAGAGUUUAAAGACUUGGGUUUUAGGAUGGGUGAGAUCAGAAGGGAGGUCAUCAGAGAUCCUCGAAUUCUCAAUGUGGAAUUCGGAGAGCUCUCACGAUGUUUUGAAUUGCUCCGGACUUUGAAAUGUAGGUUACCAAUUAUGGAGAAAAUUCAGAAUAGGGGGAUUUUCAGAGCUUGCGUUGAUGUAAAAUUGAGAGUUGAUUGUUUGUGCCAACAUGGAUUGAUCCGUAGAGAUGCUUUCAAGGUAUUACAGAGAGAACCGAGGUCAAUAAUUUAUGAAUUAGAGGACAUUGAGAAGAAGAUUGAAUUUCUUAGAGACAGGAUUGGAUUUAGUCCAUGUUGCUUGACUGAAGUUCCACAGUACUUAGGUAUGAAUUUUGAGAAGCAGAUAAUUCCUCGCAACAGUGUGAUUGAGUAUCUGAGAUCAAUUGAUGGGCUUGGUACAGAGGUGGGGUUGAAGACUCUGAUAAAGUCCAGUAGACUUAGGUUCUAUUACAUGUAUGUCAAGCCAUAUCCUGAGUGUGAAAAGAUAUAUGGCAGAUUCUCAGGUGAAAUUGAAGUUAAACCCAGACAACCGGCUGGACUGUGGAAGUUGUUCAAGCCACAGAGCUACCCAAACUCAAAACAGGAUCUCAGAAACAUCAAGUUGUUUAUGGAUUCUUUGGUUUGAAGUGUACAAUUUACAGAUCACAGGUUGUUAUGCUUUGUUGUUUGAGUUGACAAGCUUUGCUAUUGUACCUGUUUUUGAUCCUCUUUCGAAAAGUGUAAUGUUUUGAAAAUUUUAUCAUCCUGAUGAACAAAUUUUGUGGUGAGCUCAUGUUAGCUUAGGUCAUGAUCCUGCCAUGGUAUUGCAAGCAUUUGGCUGUUUUUCAAUGGAAUUCGGGAUGAACAGAACCCUCUCAGUAAUGUGACCUUGGCCACUCGCUACUUGGUAAAUAUUUUUUUAUGAAGAACAAGGCUUAAAUACCCGGAUUGGCCUCCAUUGAUUUCAGAUUGGAACUGGUUCGAAUUGGCCCAUAAUCAGCUGGAACUGCCCAAAGCGUAGAAAUUGGGAUGUAGAAGCAAAGAUUCUCACAGAUCUUUGAUAUUCUGGAGUCUUGAUUCAAAAGAGUUACAGCUCUAGCUACAAGUCGUAAGUUUCGUUAGUUUUCAUUUGGCUAAAAGAAUGGCCAAAAAUGAAGAUAACAGCAGUUGUGUCCAAUUCCAAUCCGAUUUCUGAAACCAUGAUGAAUAACUCUUAUAGCUAAGUAUGAAAAUGCAAUUGAUUCGGAUACUUAUCUGGUCAUUUUCCAGACAGACAAGGAAAUGAGCUUGUUUAUUCAGGAAGUGAGAGUAGAGGUGGACAAUGGCUCCUCUACUCCACUUGGGAAUGGAUUCUGUUUGGAUAAUCCCUUCAAGAAUCAAAGAUGUCUUUCUUGAUUUAUUCAGGUUGGCAGUCCAUAAUGAUCAAAAGUUUGUGGAUUAUACUCGUGACCAAUUGGGAUUUGGGAGGUGCUGCCUAAGCUGGUGGAUCUUCUUCCUAUGCUUGAGAAUUUAGAUAUGUACAAAGACAGCAAAUGCCAGAGUGUUGGUGAUCUGGAAAUGCAGGUGAUUUUCUCAGCUGCUAUAACAUGGAGUGUUUGGUUAGCUAGGAAGAAGAAAACAUUAGUCAAAUCAUCUGUAUCCUGGACGAACAUAUACUGGUAUCUAGAGAGCCAAAAGCUUGGUAAUUAUUGUGAAUGUUUUCUAGUCUACACACUUAUACAAUUGAUCCUCAAAAAUGGUACGACCUAUUAUGAAGAUUUCAGGGAUGGAAUUAUAUGCCUGAAGUAUUGUACGGACUCAAACUUCAGGCCUUGUGUACAGUAUAAGAGGGCCUUUAUUUUUAGGUCUUCAGGAUAUCUAUUCAUCUAAUUUUCCAUGUAUUACAUUAUUGAUUUGUAAUUGGUUAAAUAUCAAGCCAAUUAUGUCCUCAC